CCUCUCAAACAAAAGCAAAUCGCCAGAGAUUCUUCAGAGCCAAUCUACUUCUACAGAACCAAAGAAAAACCCCACGGCAUCUUCUCCCAAUUCUACGAAUGCACCUUCACAGACCCAAAAUACCCUGACAUCGAGUUCAAGUGCGCCGAACAGUACAUGAUGUACAACAAAGCCCAAACCUUCAACAGUCCUGACAUCGCCGCUCAAAUCCUCGCCACAACAGCUUCAAAAGCCCAAAAGGCCCUAGGCCGCAAAAUCAAGGGCUUCAGCGAUGCGAUCUGGGACGCUGUCAAGUUUGGGAUUGUGGAAAGGGGCAACUUGCUCAAGUUUGAACAGGAUGAAGACUUCAAGAAGGUGUUGCUGGAGACUGGGGAUAGAUUGCUUGUUGAAGCUGCUCCUCAGGACAAGAUCUGGGGUAUUGGUCAUACUGCGGCAGCUGCAAAGAAAGUCUCUCGUGAGAUAUGGGGUCAGAAUCUUCUCGGAAAAGUCUUGAUGAACGUCAGAGAGAAGAUCAGAGCAAAGGAGGCU